ACUCAUUCCAUAUCAUCAUGGCCCUUAGUUUUGAUUUCAGAUUGGCUGUUCUUGUAGCCCUUUUCCUGUUUGGGGCAUGGGCAUCUCAAGCCGCUGCCCAAGAUAGGCCAAUGAAGUUUAGAGCUCCACCUUACCAAUCCGGCAUGGAUUCCGGGGAUGAAACUAAGACGGAGACCCCUGUGGUUAGUUCAUCACCGGCGGCGCCCACUACCACUACUACGCCACCGGUUCAGAGUUCCGCUUCCAUUGCUGAAUCUGCGAACCGGAUAAAGGAUACUGCUGAGGUAGCUGAUUCCAUAGCCCACUCUGGAACCAAUGGCAAGGCCAUGUUCACUCACACUAUGAUAUUCAUUGCUAUUAUCAUUGCGCUCUCUCAUGCUACAAUCUGAUCUAUAUGUACCCACUGGUCAUAAGUUUAUGUUGUUCUGCAAUCCCAUCCUAGUUGGUCAGGCUGUUGAAUUACAAGUUCAAUACUUAGCUAAAACAGCCUAUUUACUUCCUUUGUCCGUUAGGUUCCCUUGUUAUCCAAGAAAAUCUAUCUGUUGUUGGUGCUGAAUAAACUAUCGAUCAAUCUUUUGUUUUGUUU